AUGCAGCCCCCGUUGCCUUCACUGACGGCGACUUGGCACAAUGCCUCUUAUCCAUCUAUUUCCUCUUCACGAAGCGAGCUGAGUGUCGCCGGCAAGACCAUUAUUGUCACAGGAGCUGGAAGUGGCAUCGGCCGAGCAACCGCCGUAUCGUUCUCCCGCGCUGGAGCAAGCAAUAUUAUCCUGAUUGGACGCACAAAGUCCACCUUGGAAGAGACACAGAAAUUGCUUGCUUGUGCUAGUUCUGUCUAUGUAGCUGAUAUCACAGAUGAAAAGCGAAUCGCGGAGGUUGCUGCCUCUGUGGGCAUCUGGGAUAUACUCAUUCUCGCUGCAGCAUACAUCUCCUCUCCAGCUUCCAUCCAGGAUGCAUCUGUCAACGAUUGGUGGCAGAACCUCGAGACCAACCUGAAAGGCAGUCUCAUUGCGGUGAAAUCACUCCUACCUACCGCUAACACGACCCACGCUACCGUGAUUGGCUAUACGGCCGCAAUCACUUUUCCCGCUGCCAUGCUGCCAGGCUUGUCAGCCUACGCUAUUUCAAAGCUAGCCAUUGUAAAGCUCAUGGAAUACAUCGUUGCCGAGAACCCCUCAAUAUUCACAGCGGCGCUACAUCCCGGAAUGGUGGAAACGGAUAUCUUCAAGGCGUCUGGAACGGACCCUGCCGCUGUGCCUCUGGAUUCUGUGGAGCUCGCGGGCGAUUUUGCAGUCUGGUUGGCAAGUAAGGAGGCCUCGUUCUUGAACGGGCGAUAUGUCUGGGCGAACUGGGAUGUGGAUGAGCUCAAGGAAAAGGCUGGCGAGAUACAGUCCGGGCAACUGUUGACGGCUAAUAUCCAGGGAUGGCCCUUUGGCUCAGCCUAG